CCAAGCUCUCCUCAAUUUCAAAUUGCCGACCCCGCCAUUCCCCUAACCCUCCCCCUUCUUUCUCCCCCUUUCUUAACGGUACUGUCACUUCUCCUCAGCCUCCACCUCUCGCUCUCUUCAUCCUACCUUCGCUUCACUUCCCUCCAAUUCUCAACCCUGAGGUUUGCAACACUUGGUUCGGCCAUUCUCCCCUCGGAUUCACACCGUCAAUGGCCUUGCCUUCGUCUUCUACUCUAGCUGAGCCCUCGACGAGGCACCACGCCUAUAGCAGAAAGCAGAAGUCCCUCGGCCUCCUUUGCUCCAAUUUCUUGAGCCUGUACGAUCGAGACGACGUCCGGUCCAUUGGGCUUGACGACGCUGCUUCGAGAUUAGGUGUCGAGAGGCGAAGAAUUUACGAUAUUGUAAAUGUCUUGGAGAGUGUUGGGGUCCUUGCAAGAAAAGCGAAGAACCAAUACAACUGGAAAGGAUUUGCGGCAAUCCCUAAGGCUUUGGCUGAACUUAAGGAAGAAGGUUUGAGUGAGAAUAUCAAUGCCAUUGACGGCAACGACUACGCAAAAGUUUCGGAUGACGAGGAUGAGGACGACAUGUAUUCUAAUCCCAGUACCGGAAGUCAAAAUGACAAGCCCAACACUAGUUCUGUUAAAUCCUUGACAAAAGAUAAUCGGAGGGAAAAAUCUCUGGCACUUCUUACCCAGAAUUUUGUCAAGCUCUUUGUCUGCUCUAAUGCAGAUUUGAUCUCCCUUGAUGAUGCUGCGAGGUUACUGCUUGGGGAUGGCCACAAUUCUUCGUUAAUGAGAACAAAAGUUAGACGCCUAUACGAUAUUGCAAAUGUGUUGUCUUCAAUGAAGCUAAUUGAGAAGACCCAUACGUCAGACACUAGGAAGCCUGCAUUCAGGUGGUUAGGAUGCAGAGGCGAAGAUGACAGUGUUUCUGUUCCGAAUGAUUCUAGGAAACGAAUGUUUGGAAGUGAUGUCACAAACAUCAGUUUUAAGAGGAACAAAGUUGACUCAUUAUUUGAUGGAAAUUCAAAAGGGGAUCCGAAGGCACAAAAUAAAAUAAAAUAUGGCAAUUUGGGAGAUGAGGUAGAUAGAAGGAAUUUGGAACAUGACUUGAGACAGAGUUCAAAAAGCUACCAAUUUGGUCCCUUUGCUCCCACCAGUGUGGCCAAAGUUGGUGUUCAUGAGAGCAACAAUGUAAAGCGAGUUCAUGAUUGGGAGAAUCUUGCCUCUACAUAUCGUCCUCAGUAUCAAAACGAAGCUUUGAAAGACCUCUUCUCUCAUUACGUCGAAGCGUGGAAAUCAUGGUACUCUGAAGUUUCCGGGAAAAAGUCUUUACAAAUUUCCUAAUUCUUCCCACCAACGAGCACUAAAAAGGUUCAGCAAUCAAAUAUCAUUCUUUUUUCUAGUGAUCUGACAAGAAAGAGCUUACUCCGUUAUGGAUGCAUGUUCUCAAUGCGACAAGUUAGAACGGCCACUCCCAUGAAGAUAUUCAUUCCUUACGGUCUUUAUAGCCUUACACAUUUUUUUUCUAUUCCUGUGCGCUUUGGUUUGGUCGUCCAUUAACAUGGCUUGGUUUGUUUGUUACUAUCAGAGUCUCUUGUACUCAAGAAGUCGUUGGAACUGAGUUUGUGC